AUGAAGGUAUUUAACAUCAAAAUAAUAAUAAUAAUAAGCAUCUCUGAAAUGAGAAUUUCAUUUAUGUUGUUUUCUAGUCCUAGAAGAUGGCACGUGAGACCAAUGCUUAAAGAGCGUAAUGACCACAGUCAUUUUAAUACAUUGAUAAAAGAACAGUGUUUAGUAAAUUCAUCACUGUAUUUUAAUUUCACUAUGAUGUCUCCCUUAACUUUUGAAAAGCUUACUCAAAUAGUAGCUCCAAAAUUUUUGCGAAAGACAUGUAGACAUGAUGUUCUCUCUGUUGGAGAAAUUUUGGGCGCCACAUUUAGUUUAUAA